CAUAUUACGGCGCGUAAAAUUCUAACAUUUCGGUGCCUCCCUACGCCACAGUCCUCGAAGCGGAAAAGCUCCGACAAGAAGCAAAGCAGCGAACCAAGUGAGAGUCAAAAGCUUCGAAAUUAAGAAUGACCAAGGAGCUGACUGACACCGGAGUACUGCCUCUAAUGGAGCUGGACCUGAAUGCUUUCAUUCACGCACACCUCUCCAGCGGCGACGACGACGACGAUGACGACCCCUCAUUUCCUCACCGUACCAUAGACGAGAUUCUAAAGGAAUCUGGUUCUCCACCAUCAUCUCCUCCUCAUUCCCCGCCGUACGGUGGCGAUCGCGCCGUUGCCACAAGGGACGGCAAUUCAACUGUUAUGGACGACACGGAUGCUGAUUAUCAGGUUGCAUCAAUAAACGUCGGAGAUGGAGUUUGGGCGAGAGAUAGAAUUCGGGAUGAUGUCCCAGAUAAUGAUGAGUUUCGUAUAACUAAAGGUCUGAAAUGCGUAGCAGAACAGAGGUCCGUGGAUGAUGUGAAUUUCGACGAGAGCACUACAAUUCUCCCGCCGGUGGAAGCUAACGAUGGAAGCGUGUCUGAUUAUGCUGAAAAAAAUGUUUGUUCGACGGAACUACGCCCAUCAAUCCUGGAUGUCGAUGAAUCAAAUGAAGGGGCUAUUCCGAGUUCGUCCGAACCUGACAAUGAUGGAUCUGCUGUGGACUAUGGGAGCCUGGAGUGGGAAACUCAAGAUUUCAAGAAAUGUCUUCAACAGUCAAAAGAUACGGAGGUGGAUCUUGUCAUUAAGGAUCCCAGUGUUGUGAACGAUAUCAGUGAAUUGGGGGAGACAACUGAGCAUAUGGACGACUCGACAAUUAGUGAACAAGCAGAAAUGAUGCUCCUGCCCUCCACUAAUCCACUCGAAGCGGCUGAAGAAAUUGAAAAGAAGCAGGCUUUCACUGCUUUGCAUUGGGAAGAAGGCGUUGCUGCUCAACCAAUGAAGCUCGAAGGUAUUAAGGGGGGUUCAACUACAUUGGGGUACUUCGACAUUCAAGCUGACAAUAGUAUUUCAAGAACUAUUUCAUCACAUUCAUUCAAGCGUGAGCAUGGUUUUCCCCAAGUCUUGGCUGUUCAUGCUAAUUAUAUUGCAGUUGGAAUGUCAAAAGGCAAUAUUGUUGUGGUGGCUAGUAAAUACUCAGCUCAAAAUGGCGACAACAUGGAUGCGAAGAUGCUACUGCUUGGAUUACAAGGAGAUAAAUCAACUGCACCAGUAACAUCUCUUUGCUUUAAUCUGCAAGGGGACCUGCUCCUAGCUGGUUACAACGAUGGUCAUAUUACAGUCUGGGAUGUGUUGAGGGCAUCAGCAGCAAAAAUCAUUUCGGGAGAACACACAUCACCAGUUGUUCAUUCGUUGUUCCUUGGGCAGGAUGCUCAGGUUACUCGACAAUUUAAAGCAGUUACUGGUGAUAGCAAGGGUCUGGUUUUGUUACAUACGUUCUCAGUGGUUCCUCUGCUAAAUAGAUUCUCCAUUAAAACUCAGUGUCUUCUUGAUGGGCAAAAAACGGGGACUGUUCUAUCAGCUUCAGCACUUCUUUUGAAUGAAUCCUGUGGAAGUUCUUUGCCACCAACUCUUGCAAACGUCGCAGUCUCAACCAGCAGUAUUGGGAGCAUGAUGGGAGGGGUUGUUGGAGGAGAUUCAGGCUGGAAACUCUUUAAUGAAGGUUCUUCUUUGGUUGAAGAAGGUGUGGUCAUAUUUGCUACCCAUCAAACUGCUCUGGUGGUGAGGCUGAGUCCCACUUUGGAAGUGUAUGCUCAGCUCUCCAAGCCGGAUGGUGUUCGGGAAGGUUCUAUGCCUUACACUGCGUGGAAAUGCUCACAGUCUUUUGAAACUUCACCUUCUGAGGCAGUAGAAAGGGUUUCUUUGCUUGCAAUUGCCUGGGAUAAAAUGGUUCAAGUAGCAAAGUUGGUGAAGGCAGAGCUUAAAGUAUGUGGCAAGUGGUCCCUUGAGAGUGCAGCCAUAGGUGUGGCAUGGUUAGAUGACCAGGUUCUUGUCGUUCUCACAAUAACAGGACAACUCUUUUUGUUUGAGAAGGAUGGAACUAUGAUUCACCAGACAAGUGUUUUUGUAGAUGGGUUUGAUAAGGAAGAUUUCAUUGCAUAUCACACCCACUUUGUGAAUGUUUUGGGCAAUCCUGAGAAGGCAUAUCACAAUUGUGUUGCUGUUAGAGGAGCUUCUGUAUAUGUAUUGGGACCUAUGCAUCUUAUUAUUUCCCGUCUCCUUCCAUGGAAGGAGCGGGUUCAGGUUCUAAGGAAAGCAGGAGACUGGAUGGGUGCCCUUAGCAUGGCAAUAACCAUUUAUGAUGGCCAAGCUCAUGGUGUUAUUGAUCUCCCUAGAUCGUUGGAGUCUUUGCAGGAGUUGGUAGUGCCCUUUCUGAUUGAGUUGCUGUUAUCGUACGUGGAUGAAGUGUUUUCAUAUAUAUCAGUGGCAUUUUGUAACCAAAUUGAAAAGAAUGAAAAAUCGGUUGAUGUAACUAGUGGAGGCCAUUCUGCACAUUCUGAAAUAAAAGAGCAAUAUAAUCGUGUUGGUGGAGUUGCAGUUGAGUUUUGUGUCCAUAUCAGGAGGACAGAUAUUCUCUUUGAUGAAAUUUUCUCCAAAUUUGUGGCCGUUCAACAGAGAGAUACAUUUUUGGAGCUUCUGGAACCAUAUAUAUUAAAGGACAUGCUUGGAUCGCUGCCCCCGGAGAUUAUGCAAGCUUUGGUAGAACAUUAUAGCCACAAAGGAUGGUUGCAGCGUGUAGAACAAUGCGUUCUUCACAUGGAUAUUUCUUCCUUAGAUUUUAAUCAGGUUGUUAGGUUAUGCCGGGAUCAUGGAUUGUAUAGUGCACUGGUGUACCUUUUCAACAAGGGAUUGGAUGAUUUCAGGACACCAUUAGAGGAGCUGUUGGCAGUGUUACAGACCAGUAAAAGUGAACGUGCUUCUGCCAUAGGGUAUAAGACACUUGUUUAUCUGAAAUAUUGCUUUUCAGGACUUGCUUUUCCACCAGGCCAAGGAACUCUUGCUCAUUCGCGCGUGCAAUCUCUUAGAGAUGAACUGCUACAAUUUUUGUUGGAGAAUUCUGAUUCAGUGGAUACAAGAUCAAUUUCAAAUAAAUCAUCUGAAAUUGGAUAUCUAAAGCUAUACCAUCUCUUAGAGUUAGACACUGGAGCUACUUUAGAUGUUUUGAGAUGUGCUUUUGUUGAAGGUGAAAUUCCCAAAACCAAUUCUUCUCCGAAUGGUUUAGAUGAUGUAAGUAUGCAGGUGCAAGAAGAAAAGAACUCAACUUCUGGAAGAAAGAACGUUCUAAUUCAAAGUAUAGUAGAUGCUCUUGUUCAUGUUCUCGAUCAAGCUAUCUGUCAAACAGAUAGGUCUGCAGGUGGCGAAGACAUUGCACUGGUUGGAGACUGGCCAUCGAAGAAGGACUUAGUUCAUUUGUUUGACUUUGUUGCAAAUUAUGUUGCAUGUGGAGGGGCUACUGCCUCUAAAGUCAUAGUUGGUCAGAUUUUGGAACACUUGAUAUCCAAUAGUGAUAUUCCAGAAACAGAGAAUGAUUUUCUACCUAAGGUUACUGCAAAUAGUGUACAUUCUAGAAAAAGAGAAAAGCAAGUGCUUUCCCUCUUGGAGGUGGUACCUGAGACCCACUGGAAUGCGUCUUCUGUGUUAAGCAUGUGUGAGGAAGCACAAUUUUUCCAGGUUUGUGGUCUAAUUCACAGCAUCAGACACCAGUAUGCAUCCGCUCUGGAUAGCUACAUGAAAGAUAUAGAUGAACCCAUUCAUGGCUUUGCCUUUAUCAAUAGAACAUUACUGGAGCUGAACAAUUAUGAACGGACUGAAUUUCAGGCCGUGGUCAUUUCUCGAAUUCCAGAGCUUUUUAACUUGAACAGAGAGGGAACGUUCUUCUUGGUCAUUGACCAUUUCAACAAUGAUGCUUCAGACAUUCUUUCGCAGCUCCGCACUCAUCCAAGAAGCCUAUUUCUGUACUUGAAAACUCUCAUUGAGGUUCACCUAUCUGGAAGCCUGAACUUCUCUUGCUUAAGGAAAGAUGAUAUUUUUGGGCUCAACUAUUCAACUAAAGGACUGGAUGAUUACUUGCGAAAGCUCUCUGAUUUCCCUAAAUAUUUGUCUAACAAUCCUGUUGAUGUGACUGACGAUAUAAUUGAGCUUUAUGUGGAGCUACUUUGUCAGUAUGAACGUGAAUCGGUUCUCAAGUUUCUGGAGACUUUUGAUAGCUACCGCGUGGAGCACUGUUUACGUCUCUGCCAACAAUAUGAGGUUAUUGAUGCUGCAGCGUUCUUAUUGGAGAGGGUUGGUGAUGUUGGUAGUGCUCUUUUCUUAACACUGUCUAGCCUUGACAAAAAAUUUAAUGACCUAGAGGCUGCUGUGGAAAGCAUAGUUGCUAAUGGUGCUUCAAGUGGUUCUAAUGAUCCACGACAUUUCAACUCUGUUUUAAAAUUGCAAGAGGUGAAUGAUAUAGAUGUUUUAUUGCAUGCCUGUAUUGGACUGUGCCAGCGAAAUACUCCUCGUUUGAACUCUGAGGAGUCAGAGACACUUUGGUUCAAAUUACUUGACUCGUUUUGUGAGCCUUUAAUUGAUUCAUAUAAUUAUAGAACUCCUGCUUUUGGAGAAAAUCAAGUUCAAUUCUUAAACGAGUCAUCAGGUUUGCAAAAGGAUAAAGAGGCACGCAUAGUUACAUGGAGAAUCUUGAAGUCCGAUAAAGCUGCUCAUAUAUUAAAGAGACUGUUCUCUCGUUUUAUCAAAGAGAUAGUUGAGGGGAUGAUAGGAUAUGUUCAUCUUCCAAUUAUCAUGUCCAGACUCCUCUCUGACAACGGUAGUCAAGAAUUUGGUGAUUUUAAACUCACUGUACUUGGGAUGCUUGGGACAUUUGGCUUUGAAAGAAGAAUUCUGGAUACUGCCAAAGCUUUGAUAGAGGAUGACACGUUCUACACCAUGAGCUUACUAAAGAAAGGGGCAUCUCAUGGAUACGCUCCCCGGAAUCUUGUCUGUUGCAUAUGUAAUUGCCUUCUUAUCAAAAGUUCAUCAAGUUACAGAGUACGAGUUUUUAACUGUGGUCAUGCAACUCAUCUUCAAUGCGAAGUUCUUGAUAAUGAGGCUUCAGGUGGUGACUUCUCAUGCCCUGUAUGUAUCCAUAGCAAUCAAUCUCAACGGCCUAGAGGCAAAGCACUCACGGAGUACAGUUUAGUGAAUACAUUUUCAUCAGGAACUCAAUCAUUGUCAGGAGCUUCCGUUCAAUAUCCACAGGAAACAGAUUUAUUGGAGCUCCCGUACACUCUUCAGCAGAUACCACGGUUUGAGAUCCUGACUAACUUACAGAAAAACCAGAGAGUAAUAGAGAUAGAAAAUGUGCCUCAGCUGAGGCUUGCACCACCAGCCGUCUACCAUGACAAGGUCACAAAAGGGUAUCAUCUUUUAGUAGGAGAAAGUAGCAGUGGAAUAGAAAAACAAAAUAAGAGCAAGCAACUCAGGGAAGUAAAAGUGAAGAGACCGUCCUCUCUUCGAUUCCCUCUAAAAGCAAGUUUAUUUGGAAAAGAGAGGACUACGAAAUCUUGACAGAGAAUGGAGUGACUAUUCAAACCCGUGCGAGAAAGGUUCUUUUGGUUAGUUGUAACUAUCUUCCUCUCAGUCUUUUCAAGGGAAGAAUAAAAUUUUGUAUCUGUAAAUACAUAUAGAAAGGUAGUUCAUAUGCAACACAUCUUAUUUGUUAAUGGAAAUGGUAUGAGCUAUCAAUUGAAUUCA